CAAUCUAAGAAUGACUCCACUCUGGAUUUUUAUUAUACCUGUCUACAAAAUAUCUCUGGCUCAAGCUGUGGGGUCUUACCAACCAUCAUUUGUCUCAGUGACGGCAGGAGAAGCUGUUACGCUUAACUGCACAUUUUCGGACAAUGACCACAGCAGUUUAAUGGUUUGGUACAAACAAAGAAUGGGAGAGAUGCCUCAGGAGGUGGGAAAUAUAUUAACAAAUGAGGCUAAAGUCGCACCUGAGUUCCACAGUUCUGGAAUCAAACUGGAGAGAAUCUCGAAUGGCAUUUCACUUAUAAUUCCUCAUAUGAAAGGCAGUGAUGAAGGAAUGUACUUCUGUGGAAUGUCUACCUGGAAACAAGUUACAUUUUCCACUGGAACAUUCUUAACUCUGAAAGGUUGUGCUCAUUUAAACAUAUCGGUGGUCCAAAGUCCAGUGUUGGGGAGGGUUCCCCCAGGAGAGUCAGUGUCUCUGCAGUGCACUGUCCUCUCUGAGAGGAGGACAGCAGAACUCCAAGUGCUCUGGUUCAGAGCUGCUGCAGGAAACUCCCAUCCUGAAAUCAUUUACACUCAUCACAACAGCAGCCAUCAGUGUGAGAUCAGCUCUUCUCCACAUAGCUGUGUGUACAACCUCUCCAAGCGUGUCCUCAGCCUCUCUGAUACUGCCACUUACUACUGCGCUGUGGCCACCUGUGGCAAGAUCCUUCUUGGAAAUGGGUCGGCAGUGGGUCUGACCAGUCCUCUGGAUCCUGUAGUGAUCUUCCUGGGAGCAGCUCUGGGAGUGUGUGUGCUUGUCAUUUCUGUUCAAGCAGUUUUAAUCUGUAAAUGGAGAAACUGUGAACACUAUAGUGUGAGAAUUAAGCAAGCUGCUACAAUAAGAAAGACGGUCAGAGAGGACCCUCAAUCCUCAGAGCUGAAUUAUGCUGCAUUACAUUUCAAUGAGAGGAAAACCACAAGUGGCAGAGAAAAAAGAGGACAGCCUGAAGACUGUGUGUACUCCACUGUUACUGACCAAUGAACUGAUAGCUCUCUACUAGCUGUACCUUAAGUAAACAUAAUUUGGAAACCUUCAAUACUAUGUAGAUCAUUACUGGGACAUUCUGUACUGGAGAGCGAGUGUUAUAUGAAGCUUAUCGCUGAAGGAGUGCAGCAAGAGUACAGUUUAAGACCCUGU